AUGCAUAUGACGAGCGGAAACAACUGGAACAUACUACGUACUUCCUUCUGGGCUCUAUGCCUGCAGGUGAUCUUGAUCAAUCUCCGGUCUCUUCCCCUGAACAUCAUCUCGUUGAUUUACCUAAUGAUACAAAUUGACACUACUCUCUACCUACUGCGCCCAGACAGCAUACGGCGCUACGCUGCGGGCUUUAGAGACUGGACAGGCAAUGAGGGCAUGUGGGUAGUGCAUGAGUGUGGAGAUGAAGAAUGA